AUGGAAAAGCGAGGCCGAAUUCCAAAGACGCCGGUGGGCCAGACCUCUCCCGCGCCCCUUGAGACGCCUCGGAAAGAGAGGAGGCCGAGCAUGUUCGAGAAAGAGGCAUAUGCACAGAUAUUAAGAGACAGGCUGAGAGAAUCAAUACACGAUGUUCAGUAUGUGGAGCCUCCAUUCGAUGACUCAAUUGUUGACCUAGGUAAAGAAUGGAAGAAUGCCUUGACCAAACUAAAGUUUGCUAAUUCAUACAGAAUGGAACCACUGAAGAAGUUCCAACCUCACACGGUAGAAAUCAAAGUGCAGCAGAUACUAACGGACAGUCUUAAGGAUGUGAAAUAUGAUCAAAAGGUUUUCUCUCAUUUGUCACUUGAACUGGCAGAUCGCAUAUUGUCAGCCGUGAAGGAAUUUGGGUAUAGCCGUUACAAGUUUAUGAUAAAAAUAUUAUUUAUUCAAAAGGCUGGCCAGGCCAUACAUGUUGCCAGCAGGGGGAUCUGGGACGUUGCUUGGGACAGCUGGGUUGCAGCUAAACAUGAAACAGAAAGUUACGUAGCCUUGGCCUUGGUAUUUGCUCUUUAUUGUGAAUAG